GACGAAGGUCCACGCGUUGUAACUCAAAUAGGGAGGUGCGAUUGACGGACGGUGAAAUUAUUUUCUACUUCCAAUCACCAUCUCCAACAUCUCAAUCUCCCUCGUGCAAACAUUCAAUAUUGCUAACGAAAUGCAGAUUCAAAAAAUCGAUUCAGCCGGGAUCCCAGAAAUCAUUGCUGCGUUACAGAGUGAUCUCGUGUCUAUUAGUCAUGGUGGACAGACACCUGACUUCGAAACCGCAUACUCCCCACUUGGAGCCGGUUGUAACCCCUCUGUCAACUUGGACGAGCUCGAAGUUCGGGCCAUCAAGGCCAUCAUUGUCGAGCGCCAGCAGCAGUUGGAUGCAGUUCGCCUCAAGGCCUCAAAUCUUGGCCUAUUCAAGGAGAGUGCUCUUGUCAGGAAACUUCGCUGGCGACUCUUGGACCAGGAGGCCAAGAUUACGGAGUCCCAAAACACGCACAGGAGAAUUAUAUCGGCCCUCUGGCGCUUUCCGACCGAAAUUUUAUCGCUCAUUUUCGUUUACUGUCUCCCGAAAAAUAAGUUCUUGUCGCCCCGCCCACAAACGGCCCCCCUGCUGUUGACCAGAGUAUGUCGACGAUGGAGAAUGGUUGCUGUGGACAUGCCCAGUUUGUGGUGCGGGCUGUCUGUGGGCAAAGAGAGGAGGCUUUCAGCCUUCUCUUAUGAAUCUUGGCUCAAGCGAUCACGAGGAUGCCCACUUUCGUUAGCACUCCAUUGUCGCAACAACAAUGACUGGGCCGAGUCACGAAACCUUAUUCAUCCAUAUAUCAAUCAAGUCUCGUCGCUUGCUCUUCAUACUGACUACAAUGUCAGCCUACCUGUGAUAUCAGACUUCCUCGCCCUAGAGAGACUGGCCGUAUACAGGUCACCUUGUUCAAUGCAAGAUCUUGUUCGCUCUAUCUCGCAAUCGCCGUCUACUCUGCGCAGUCUCAACAUACCGUAUCCGCAGUUCGAGCUCGAGUCCUUAUCUGCCUUCGAACCCGCAUUAUGGGCCCAUCUCACAAAUGUUCAGAUCACGGUGGAUCAACUAAACACAAUCUGCCACUUGCUCCAUCUGUGUCCCGACCUGUCCUCCUUAUCAGUUGAUAUAUCUAAUAACUCGAAGCAAAUCUUGGAGCCAUUCACGCAUACCAAACUUCAAUCCUUACAGGUCUUUUUCACGGGUUUCAAAUAUGGUGCAAUCAGGCCAAUUCCCUGUGGCAUAUUUAAUGCUGUCACACUCCCCGAUCUACGCGUACUCAAAGCUCGAGCUAUGCGAGCAUGGCCUCACGAAAACUUCAAGGCAUUUUUGAUACGGUCAAAUUGUCCCCUAAAGAGCCUGACACUUGGCUAUGAAGUGGAGACAACAGAAGAGCAGCGAGCAGAAUAUAUUGCCCUUAUUCCUUCCCUCGUAGUGGAACGUUACCCGUAACUUCAACAGACAGUCGUUACAUAUUUUGCGAAAUGAUGGUAUCGGGUUUACACUAUACUCUCACUGAUUGUUUCAUCUUACUUGUAUCACACCAUAAAGCAAUGC